AUGCAAACGCAGAAACCAUUACUGAACACGCAUGUCAAACUCCUCGCUUUCGAUCUCCUUUCCCUCACCCAAACAACCCCUUCUUCUUCUUCUUCUUCAGACCCAUUUCCCACAUUCUACCGCAGAGGCAUUCCUAUCUCACGCGCUGAAACCGUAGGAACGGUGAUCCUUCGUGAUCACAAGCCAAACAAGUUCCUCAGGUUCGCAAUCGACGACGGCACAGGCUGCAUCCCUUGCAUCCUCUGGCUCAACCAACUCACCUCCCCUUACCUCGCGCGCCGCCGCACCCCACAAGAAGUCACCCUCAUUGCGGAAUCGGCGGCAAGAUUCGCGGCGGUUGUAAGAAUAGGGGUGGUGGCGAGAGUGAGGGGAAGAAUAACGGAAUAUAAGGGUGCGAUUCAGAUGAAUGUUUCGGACGUUGUGGUCGAGAGGGACCCAAAUGCUGAAAUGUUGCAUUGGCUCGAUUCUAUCAACUUGGCUCGUAACUGUUACAAUCUCUUGCCUGUUCCCUCUUCUGCACCACCAACCAAGUAG